AUGAAUCGCUCCGCCCUCGUGCACUGUGUUAUUGUGUACAAAUAUAUAAACUUAGAGAAGACCUGGGAUGAUGCUCGUCAGUACUGCAGGGAGCACCACAAGGACCUGGCCACGGUGGAAAACACAGAAGAAGUGAAGAAGUUACCGAUACCUUCUGGACACACCGCCUGGAUCGGACUGUUUGAGGACCCCGCCUCCUGGAAGCAGAUGACCUCUGAGUCCAACUCCUGGAGAUGGUCUUCCAUUGGGACCACCAGCCCGGGACAGUACCAGAACUGGUACCCUGGUGACCCCCAGAACGCCGUCCAACCAUCGGGCCUUAAAGAGUACUUCCUGAUCGAAAUUGGGAAGACCAGGUCUGACUCCCAGUCCUACUGCAGACAGAAGUAUCAGGACCUGGCCACGAUCCAGACUCCUUCUGAAAACCAGGCAGUGAAGGAUCUUCUCCCCUCCUCAACAUCCAUAGUCUGGAUCGGCCUGUACCGGGUCUCCUGGAGGUGGUCCGACGGCAGCCCCAGUACCUUCAGGAGUUGGUCACCAGCAAAUCCAAAUGCGAUUUCAAGGACUCAGAUUAAGAUCACGCUCAGGACGACAGCGAACAUGUCCGAGAAGGAGAUCAUCGACACCUUUUUACAAGCACUCGGAGACGGCCUCGGCCUGGGGUUCUCAGUGAGGUGGCACCGUCUGCCCACAAGAAGCAAGUGA